AUACAAAGCCAAGAAGGGUCUUAAUUCUCUCUGGUCAUAUUCCAAGAGAAAUGAUCAGUCGUUGUGACUUUUUAACCGAUGUUGGAGGAAAUACAAGCUCCUGUUCACAUAGGAAAGCCCAGUUAACAGCGACCCUUUUUAUCUAGGCAUUGUUUAUGUUUACGAAAAUUAAUUACUUAUGUGGACAAAAGGAUGGCUAUAGGAAAAGAGAAUCAUGGAUUUUGCAAGAUGGGCGAAGAAAGCAUGAUAGAGAGGGACAUUGCUGGCCUGGAGGAGAUGACCAGCCAGGCAAUCUCUGUGUUUGCAAACAACAGGGUCAACUCUGCCAUAAACGCAUCCAAAGACACCUUGGUCAGUUCUCUGGCUGCCUGCGAACACUCAAGGCUAACUCUGAAAGAGACCAUCAGAGACCUACUGCAAGUUGAGGAAGCAGAAUCAAAUACCCUUGAUGAACUCCGUUCUGAAACUUUAGGUCCAGGAGCAAGUCAGGUGGUCUCACAAAUUGCGCAGGCCAAAAGAAGAAUGGAAGAAAUAGAAGAAGAAAUCAAAUCAAUUACCGGAAGCAUAAGCCACACGGAACAGCUGGAACACUCCUUGGAACAGAGGGCCAAAUCCUCUAGUAAACAUACCUCAGCUGUCGUACCCAAAAUCAAGGCUGAUGUUACCACAUUCACACAGAUUUCUCACCUAAAAUGGGACUACACCGCUCCAGAAAAUGUAGUCAAAGGAUUCAUUCUCCGACCAGAGAAGAGGGACAUCACCCCUUUCAAGCUCGACACAUCAUCACACUCCCAGUUCUUCAUCACAAAUUUCCUGUGGCAACAGAUUGCUGCUGAUAGUGAUUUUAUUUGAAGAAAUGUAUGAGGAUGAUACUCUAAAUAUAUUAUUAGUUUCAGAAAAUCUUCCAAAUCUUUCUGAUAAUUUUUUUUUUUUUUUUUUUUUAUGGUCAAUUUUGUGUUGCCUUCACUUUCUAGUUUUAAAACUUGAUUUAGUUUUUUCUUUCGAUAUCUUAUGUACUACUAGUUUUAAAAAUGAAAAAAAAAAUUAAAUGUCUUCACACUGUCUAAAUUGUAUUUUCACAAUUUAUCCUGCAAAACUUGAAAGAAAGAAAGAAAAAUCUUUAGAGAUUAUAUAUAUUCUUAUGAGAACAAGAUAAUAAAGUUAUAGUGCAAAUAAGUAUGUUUAUCUUAUGAUUUAUAUGUUUUUCUUCUUUUAUACUACUAAUACUCCAUCCCCUUUCUCAUAUAACUUCUCAUCACAAUACAAAUAACUAUAAUUUAAAAGGAAAAGAAUGAAACACUACUUGUAUUCUUUCUUUAAUAUGAAACAAUAUUAAAUUUUUGAGUCACAGAACCAUGCAACAUCUUCACAUAAACCAAAGAAAAAAAAAAAAAA